AUGGACCUGUGCCACCUCCCUGCUGCCCAAGAGAAGGGCUGGUACCUGGCACCGAUGGCCCCCAAUGUCAAGGGUCCCAGCCAUGCCUGGCUGGACCCCUCCCUUGCCACCUGCAAUCCCCAGGGCUGGCGGGACAGUGUGGCCGAUCUGCUGCAGCCCUUCCAGGAAGACCCCAUUGACAAGGUGGCUGGCAUCGGUGCCACAGGUUUCAUCCUGGGCACUGCUGCUGCCGCCACGCUGUGGAAAGGCUCCCUGGCCACCUGCAAAGCUGGGCACCUCUGCGUGCAGACGCUGGUGCAGCCCUACACCGACUACUCAGGCCGAGAGAAGGUGAUGGAGAUCUGCACCGAUGUUGUCUCACUGGGUCUGCGUGUCCUCCUUAUGGACCAGUGGGUCAAAACUGGGGGCACCAUGCGAGCAGCCAUGCAGCUGGUGGAGAUGCUGGGGAGUGUCAUGGCAGGUAGAAGGGGGGUACUGGGGCGUCACUGCAUUGAGGACAGCGAGGGUGGGCGGUGGCUCCAGGAGUGCUACAAAUGUGCCCACUGCAUCCCCCCGCCCCGCUUCGACCACCACCAGUUUGGCUGGGUCUGA